UCUUUUUGUUGCACAGGAUUCCAUCUUUACCACAAGCUGCCUACAAUAGUCCCGGAGAGCUGUCUCCUUAUCUUGGUUGGAUUACUUCUUGGUGGGAUUAUAUUUGCAGUAAAUGAAAAGUCUCCUCCAGCGAUGAAGACUGAUGUCUUUUUCCUGUAUCUUCUCCCUCCGAUUGUGCUGGACGCAGGGUACUUUCUCCCCACACGCCCUUUCUUUGACAAUGUGGGCACAAUAUUCUGGUACGCAGUGGUAGGAACACUUUGGAACGCCAUUGGAAUUGGGAUAUCGCUUUUUGGAAUAUGUCAAAUAGAAGCCUUUGGCCUGUUAAACAUUUCAUUGCUACAGUGCUUACUAUUUGGUAGCUUAAUCUCGGCUGUAGAUCCAGUCGCAGUUUUGGCUGUUUUUGAAAAUAUCCACGUCAAUGAACAACUGUACAUUUUAGUAUUUGGGGAGUCCUUGUUGAAUGAUGCUAUCACUGUGGUGCUGUAUAAUUUAUUCAAAUCAUUUUGUGAAAUGAAGACAAUUGAAAUAGUGGAUAUAUUUUCUGGAAUGGCGAGUUUCUUUCUGGUGGGAAUAGGAGGAGUUUUAAUUGGA